CAUCGAGGGAGGUUCACCGACUUAGGGCGCUCUUUCCUUUCCGUAGUAUUUUGAAACGAUUUCUUACACCGCGAUUCCGCAGCAAGACACGUCGUCAAUCCUGCGUCUCAAUCAUCGACCACAUUUCGCGCCUGGCGAAAACUCCAACCGUCGGAAUGGACUCGGACGAAUCGGACUUUUACGGAGACGAGGAGACGGUAGCUGGACUCGAAACUCGGGUCACGUCCUUCAAUGUUGCUCAGUGGUGGGAGGAGAGCAAUGCUGUCCAUAUCAACCGGAGGGUGAAAAAGGAGCCUCUUGACAGCACUAAGCUCCACAACCCAUACGCAGGCGUUCCGUACGCGUGGCAGUUGACAGAAACAGUCGACGAUUUUCUUGCUCGACUUCCUCCCGGGACAACUGAGCAAGACGAUCGUCUCCCUUGGAUCUUCAUCUGUAAUCCGUACAUAGAUCGCAAAGUCAAAUUUGAAGCCCAAAAUCAGCGUAGUAGGGGCAACGAGGAUGAGGCCCCCGAGGAGGAGGGCUCCCGGCUCGAUACGCUGAUCGAAGGAGGCAUCGAGAGGCUGAACAUCUUGCUGAAAUUCAAGCAAGGCAUUAGCACCACCAAGAAGUCCAUGGCGGCCAAGAUGAGAGAGAUAGAUCUAGAAAAGAGGGAGGCUAUCCAGGACAUCUUGGGUCUUGCACAUGCGUGUAAGAUCAAGGCUGGCAAGUGGAUGCUCUUCUGUCAACCCAAGGACGUUGACGAAGUCUGGCGCGUUGUCGCGAGGGCUACGGCCAAUAACGAGUUGGGAAUCGCCGCAAAGGUGGCGCCGUGGAACUCGUAUAACGACCCUACCGGGCGCAAAGACCGGCUUGUGUGCGUCUACACAGCCGACUUUAGCGACAAGGCAGAUGUCACUCGGGUUCUACAGAAGCUUCGGGAGCUGAAAUUGAUCGAGGCUAUGGGACGUCCCAUCUAUUACAAGCCAGAUGCGUUCACAUACCUGGGUAUCGCCUAUGGUAAUCAUUGGGAUGUCAGAGCCUCCAUCUACAGCUCCACCGAUCUUUUAUUAAAUUCCCUGCCCGCUGCUCACGCGACAAAACCGCCCGGAAAGGAUCAUCAAUGGUGCUGACAGGGAAGUUGCUUCUUGAGCAAGAACCAUAUGUGGUGACGAAAGCAUUGCAUUGGCCAAAUCUAUACUCAUAGAACACAUGAAGGAGUAAAUACGAACCAUUCGCGCAUGGUCAGUUGACAUCUAGAUGGAGGGAGGGCCAGUAACACUGCCGUGAGCUCUAUACAUGUCCCUCCUGAUCUGUUUUGAUGGAUAUGUGCAUCGGCAUUCGUAUCGACUCGGUACGCCCGCAGGAUGUGUGUGCUAUCAAAAUAUGUAGCUGUGUUUCGCAAAACAAGCUACCAAACACCCUAUGCCGUAUUUUCCCUUUGAAAUACCCCUCGCUCAGCUACCGUCAUUGAGCCUAGGUUGAGCCUAGAAUGUGCUCAAGGACCAGAAUGUGUGUCCAUUGCCUAUGCCAUUCGAUGUUGCCAUUGUGCAGUCAA